GAACUCCAGGCGGCGUCAUUCGCGUGCGCGUGCCUGACCGCGGCUCUGCUCGCUGUCAUCGCUGUUUUCCUCGCCGCGUUCCUGUUCGGCGUAGCCGGCGUGGCCAUCGGCUGGUUCUCGCGCUCCGCCCGAAGGCGUCGCUCAUGCGGAGAAAGUGAACCGCAUCAUCAUCAUCAUCAUCAGCAGCAGGAGCAGGAGCAUCACCAUCAGCACCAUCAUCAGCAGCAGCAGCAGCAGCGGGAGCAGCAGCAGCAGCGUUGUGAACGUGAAUUCUGCAAGCGCACCAGAGCAACGCGAUCUCGCUUGCCGGAGAGAGAUUCUCCCAGUCACAGGGCUAUGACUCCUCCCGACCACGAGGUGGAGAAGGUCAACCCGCAGGUUCGGAGCCCCCGGGAGGCGCAGGGCCCCGUGGGCCCCGUGGGCCCCGUGGGCCCCACGGACACCGGCGUGGGGGCGCUGGGCCUGGCCCCGUCCCGCGUGCGCAGGCGCCGGUUCGCUCCACGUGACCGCACCUACCUGGCCUUCCACGCCACCGCCUCCCCCGACACCAAGGUCAGCGGCCGCAUCUUCCAGCGAUCCAUGUCUUCCUCCGACCUGGGCCUCUUCUCCGACGACGACAACGCGGGGCUGAGGUCGCGGCGCUCCCACCGGGACGACGACGGCGAAGAUGGCGACGACGAUGACGACGAGGAAGAGGACGACGAAGACGACCGGCUGAGCGUGAAGUCCGACUCCCUGCAGUGGCUGCAGGCGGGCGACACCCUGCCGUGGAACCUGCCGCGGCACCAGCGAGCCAAGAUGCGACGACCUCACGAGUCGGUGCUCGACCCGGCGGAGAGGGCCGUCCUUCGCAUCGCCGAUGAGCGAGACCGCGUUCAGAAGAAAACUUUCACGAAAUGGGUGAACAAGCACCUGAUGAAGGCACGGAAGCACCUGAACGACCUCUACGAGGACCUCCGCGAUGGCCACAACCUCAUCUCCCUGCUGGAGGUUCUGUCCAACGAGACGCUGCCCCGUGAACGCGAUGUGAUGCGCAGCUUGCGGUUGGUGAGUGGCUCAGCCUGUGUCUGCGCCGAGCAUGACGGGAAUGAUGCUGAGAAGGGGCCGCGGGAGAAGGGAAGGAUGCGAUUUCAUCGGCUCCAGAACGUGCAGAUUGCACUAGACUACCUGAAGCAUCGCAAGAUCAAGUUGGUGAACAUCCGAAAUGACGACAUCACCGAUGGCAACCCCAAGCUGACCCUGGGGCUCAUAUGGACCAUCAUCCUGCACUUCCAGAUCUCGGACAUCCAGGUGACGGGCCAGUCCGAGGACAUGACGGCCAAGGAGAAGCUGCUGCUCUGGUCGAAGCGCAUGGUGGACGGCUACCCCGGGGUCAAGUGCGACAACUUCACCACGUCCUGGCGCGACGGCAAACUCUUCACCGCCAUCAUCCACAAGCACAAGCCAGAGCUGGUGGAUCUCAAGCAGGUGCACGGCCGCUCCAACCAGGAGAACCUCGAGUUCGCCUUCUCCACCGCCGAGCGGGAGCUGGGGGUCACCAGGCUCCUCGACCCUGAAGACGUGGACGUGGCAUCGCCCGACGAGAAGUCGAUCAUCACCUACGUGUCCUCGCUCUACGACGCCAUCCCCAAGGCUCCCGACGGCGCCAACGCUAACGAGGUGGAGACGCAGUGGCGCGAGUACCAGGAGCUCGUCGUGCUGUUGCUGCAGUGGCUGCGCCACCACGUGACCGUCAUGUACACGCGCAACUUCCCCAACAACCCUGCCGAGCUCAAGGCCUUGUACAACCAGUACCUGCAGUUCAAGGAGAUGGAGCUGCCCCCGAAAGAGAACGACAAGAUGCGAAUCAAAACACUCUACAAGUCUCUGGAGGCGUGGAUUCUUGCCGGGCGCAUCAAGCUGCCCCAGGGCCAGCACCCGAACGACGUGGAGAAGGAGUGGGGCCGGCUCAUCGUUGCGAUGCUCGAGAGGGAGAAGGAGCUGCGGCCUGAGAUCGAGAGGCUGGAGAUGCUGCAACGGGUGGCUCUGCAGAUCCAGCAGGAGUCGGGCGUGUGCGAGGAGAAACUGAUGCGUGCCGAGCGACUGCUGCACAUGGAGCUGCGUGCGGGCGGCUCGGCGGGCCCAGGCGCCACGGAGCUCGAGGUGACGCUGGGCGAGCUGGACGCGCUCAUCCGCAGCAUGUUCGCCAACGUGCAGACGCUCAAGGACGGCCGCUACUUCCAGGCGGAGAACAUGUACCGGCGGGUGUUCCAGCUGCACGAGCGAGUGGUGGCGCUGCGCUCCGAGCACCGCACAGCGUUCUCCCCGAGCCGCGUGGCCGGCUCGGCCGUCGAGACGCAGACGUCGCGCGCGACCCUCGAGACGCAGACGACGCAGACCGACCGGGGGCAGGGCAAGCUGCAGCAGCAGCAGCAGCAGCAGCUGCAGGUGAAGCUGAAGCAGCCGCAGCCUCAGCAGCGGCGUUCGCCUGGAGGGUCGACGGCCGAGGAAGAGGCGACGGUGUCACUCCGAGACCUCCUGCAGUGGGUGGAGGCACAGCAGGUGGCGCUGGAUGCGGCGGAGUGGGGGACGGACCUCCCAGCCGUGGAGGCCAACUUGGAGGCCCACCGAGGCACGCACCGUGACAUCGAAGCCUUCCGCGCUCGCCUCGAGCAGGCCAAGGCUGCCGAGCCCAAGGUCAGCUCGGCGAACAGGGGCACCUACAGCGAGUACCUGGGGCGCCUGGAGCUGCAGUACACGCGCCUGCUGAACUCGUCACGUGGGCGCCUGCGCCACCUGGAGAGCCUGGAGCGCUUCGUGUCGCGCGCCACGCACGAGCUCAUGUGGCUGAACGCUCGCGAGGAAGAGGAGGUGGCGCACGACUGGAGCAACCGCAACCCGGACGUGGCCAGCAAGCGCGAGUACCACGAGGAGCUGAUGAAGGAGCUCGAGAAGAAGGAGGUGGAGCUGAACACUCUGCGCGACGGCGGCGAGCAGCUGCUCGUGCAGAACCACCCGGCUCGGGAGACCAUCGAGGCUUACUUGGCUGCCAUCCAGUCCCAGUGGCAUUGGAUUCUGCAAAUCUGCAGCUGCGUGGAGACCCAUCUCAAGGAAAACACGACCUUCUUCCAGUUUUUCGCGGAGGCUCGGGAGGGCGAGCAGCACCUGAACUCGCUGCUCGAGUCGAUCCAGCGCAAGUACACGUGCGACAAGAGCAGCAGCCUCUCUCGCCUCGAGGACCUGGUGCAGUGCUCCAUGGACGAGAAGGAACAGCUGGUGGAGUUCAAGCGCACCGUGGCCGGGCUGGUCGGGCGAGCCAAAACCAUUGUGCAGCUGAAGCCUCGCAACCCCGAGAAUCGCGUUUCCGGUUCGAUCCCCAUCCGAGCUGUUUGCGACUACAAGCAGAUGGAGAUCACGAUUCACAAGGGCGAGGAAUGCGCCCUGGAGGACAACUCCCAGCGGAGCAAGUGGCGCGUGAUCAACCCGACGGGAAACAUCGCCACCGUGCCCUCCGUGUGCUUCCUGGUGCCGCCUCCUAACCCCGACGCCAUGGAGACCGCCGCCAGGAUUGAGCAGCUCUACCAGAGCGCCAUGGCGCUGUGGCACCAGCAGCAUGUGAACAUGAAGAGCGUCGUGUCCUACCUCUACCUCAUCAAGGACAUCGAGAUCAUCCGCUCGUGGAACGUCAUCACGCUGAAGUCGCUGCCGCAGCAGGAGUACGAGCGGGUGGUGCGGAGCCUGCAGGUGCGCUUCCAGGACUUCCUGGAGGACUCGCGCGAGUCGCAGCUCAUCUCCACGGCGGACCACGCGCGCGUGCAGGCCGACGUCGAGGCCUGCCGCCAGCACUUCGACGCGCUGCUCAGCGCCAUGCGGCAGGAGGAGGAAGGCGAGAGCCUCUGCGGCUCGCUGCUCUCGCGCCUGCAGAAGCUGCGGCUGCGGCUGGAGGGCUGCGAGGAGCGCGUGAUCCGCCAGAUCCGGGCUCCGCUCGACCCCUCGGACCCCCUGCAGGACAGCGUACAGCGCGUAGCGGAGCAGGAGGCGGUCGUGCAGGACCUGGGCAAGGUGGAGGCUGAAAUGUCGUCGCUGGACAAGGAGAGUCGGGAAGCCCUUUCGGCGCAGCCCGGCCAGUCUCACAGCGUGUCCUCGCUCGCGUCGGAGCUCGCUCUCACCACCCAGAAGCUGGUGCAGGUCAAGGCUCUGUCGACGGUCUACCUGGAGAGGCUGAAGAGGAUGAGCAUGCUGGUGGGAAGCUUGCAGGAGGCCGAUGUUCUGCUGAAGGAGCUGGAGGGUCACCUGUACGAGGAGGAGACUGUUCCCACCGACCCGGCCACAGUCAGCACCUACAUCGUGCAGCUGCAGGCCUGGGCAAAGGAGGCGGAAGAGACGGAGGGCCGCAAGGGGGGCCCGCUGGCGUCGCUGGACGUGCAACUGCGGGCGGCGCGCGAGUCGGGCGGGCGGAUGCUGAGCGAGCACGGCGAGCGCGACCCCGACCUGGAGCGCGUGGCGGAGCGUGCCGAGCACACGCUGGAGCGCUGGCAAAGCGCGCGCGCUCAGAUCCGUGCCAGGCUGAAGGAGCUGGAGGGCCUGGCGAAGGUUCUGCGGUCGUACCGAGAGAGCGCCGUUUGGCUGGAGGCUUGGCUUGACAAGACCAUGAAGCUGCAGGAGAAGGUGCAGGCGAGCAAGAUUGAGGACGUCCGGGGCCUGGAGGAGCAGCUGGAGAAGCAGAAGGCUCUGGCGAUGGACAUCGAGAAGAAUCAGGUCAAGGUGGACGAAUGCCAGAAGUACUCGGAGCAGUACUCGCUGGCCGCCAAGGACUACGAGCUGCAGCUGAUGACCUACAAGGCGAUGGUGGACACACACCAGAGGUCGCCGGUGAAACGUCGCCGCCUGCUCUCCACCAGCGACUCCAUCAUGCAGGAGUACAUGACCCUGCGGACCCGAUACACGGCGCUGGUGACGAUGACGAGCCAGUACGUGAAGUUCAUCAGCGAGACACUGCAGCGUCUGCAGGGAGAGCAGCAAUCGCUGGCCGAGAGUCAGGAGGAGCACCUGACUCGCUCGGAGCGGCUGGUGGGCUGGGUGCAGGCCAUGCAUCGCUCGCUCGGGGAGAAGCAGAGGCGGGACAGCGGGGAGGGAGGUGCGGGCGGUGAGGAGGGCAAGAGGGAGCCGUCGGAUGCCGCUGAGCUGGAGCGCAGCCUCAAGGAGCAACAGAGCUUCGCGGAGGAGCUGUCUGGCCGCAAGGAAGAGAUCGCCGAGGCCAUCCAGAGGUCUCAGACCUUCCUCGCCCUCUGCGGAGACAAGCUGACCCCGGAGCAGUACCAGGCGGUGGAUUCUCAGACGCAGCAGCUGAAGCAGGCGUACGAGGCUCUGUGCGAGCAGUCGUCGGCCUACACGCAGGAGCUGCAUCACAGCCUGCAGCAGGAGAACAGUAUCAAGGUGGACGAUGUGAUCUCCGGAGUGGUGGACCUGUGUACCAUGGAAACCUUCCCAAUAUUCCAUGCCAUGCUCAAAGGCCUGAUCGAUCAGGAGACGGGCCUGGCCCUCCUAGAGGCACAGGUGGCCACCUCGGGCAUCGUAGAUCCUCGCUCCUCGUGUCGCCUUCACCUGGAUGAAGCCCUGGCUGAAGGUCUCAUGGAUAAGAACACGGCUGAGAGCCUGUGGGAGCUCGAGUCCGCCCUGAGUCGCGUCCACGCAGCUGGGCUUGAAGAUGUUGGAGGUUUGAUUUUCAUUGCGGCAGCGCUGGAAAGAGGGCUGAUGUCAGAAGCCAUUGCUGUGAAGUUGAUGGAAGUCCAAUUGACAGUAGUUGGACCUCAAAAUUGCACUCCUGUGCCAGAAGAAUUCUUAAGGCUGCAGGAGAAUUGGAGGAUGCACACACAGCCUCUGAUCGACCCGAACACGGGAGAGAAGCUCACCCUCGCAGAGCUGACCGGCAGAGCCAUCGCUGAUCCAGAAACGGGGCUCCGCCUGCUGCCCGUCACCCAGACGGCCUGCGGCAUGAUUUCACUCAAGCCCGGCCGGAGGGUAAGCAUUUGCCGUGCUGUCAAGGAAGGCCUCGUGGACCGCCAAGUCACUGUGAGGCUUCUCGAAGCCCAGCUUUUCGCUGGCGGCAUCGUGGACCCGCGCACGGGCCACCGCCUGACUGUCGAAAAAGCACGGCGCCAUGGCCUGAUUGACCGGGAAAUGGCGAACGAGCUGGUGGUGCGGCAGACCCAAGCCGGCGGGGUCAUCGACCCUGCAACGGGCGACAGGCUUGACCUGGAGGAGGCCAUCGCCUCCGAGCUGAUCUCGCUGAAGAGCGCGCUCUUGGUCCUUGAGGCACACGGCACAUUCCGCGGGUUCGUUUGGCCCGGCUCUGUCGGGACGGUGCCCAUUUCGGAGGCUCUCGAGCAAGGGAUGAUGAGGGUCGAGGUUGGGCACAGCGCACUUUCCAAGCGGCACUGUGUGGCAGGGCUAUUCUGGAUGGAAACAGCAGAAGCCGUCUCUCUGAAGCAGUCGGUGGCCUCAGGGAUCUGCGACGAGGCCCUCUGCCGCACAUUGAGUGCCACUCACGUCCCGGACAGCAUGGGCACACGUGGAACGAGGACUCAUGCAAAUGAGGGCGAUGAACAAAUUAUCGGUGUGCACCCCUCUCCAAGUAUCCCCCUGUGCAGCAAACUUUGCAAGGUCUCUCACGUCUCUCAAAUGAAAGGCAUAUGUGCAGUGCAGGGAGAUUGGGUGCAGGUUGUGGGCGAGCAUGCCUCCACAACAGAAGCCCACAACUUAAUGGGCUUGGAAGUCGAGCUCGUAGAGUUUAUACGGGGGCACAGCUACAUAAACGCGCUGACGGGGGACCGGUUGGUUAUGGUGGACCGAGAUUUCCAUCUCCUCGAGGGAAUCGCCCGUGAGAUUUGCAAGAUGGCCACGGCGGAGUGCGAGGGUGCAGACAGAUACUCUACGCGGAGUGAAGCCAUCGUGCCAGACUGUGAACAAAUCUCAGGGAGAGAAAAGAAACGUGAUUUUUACACAUGCCCACAGCGGGACUGUGCAGGCUACGAGUGCGACAGUUUUAAUGUGAAUAUCUCCGUGGAUAUUUUUGAUAUGUCGAUGAAAAGUUGUAACGACGACAUUCGUCAAGAUGACGUGGCUGGUUCAUUGAAUGCGCAGCAGGACUGUGGUGGUAGAGUCAAUGGGGCCGAGAGGGAUGGAAGUAUUCAUGAACAUUUUAAAAUAUUUAUUCCAGAAGAAAAUGCCGAACCCAUGAGUGAAGUGGAUUGCGGCAGACCAAACAUGCGAGACCAAAGAGAAGGGUGUGCAGGAACAGACGAGGAAGCCACCGUGAGUAGAAAUGCAGAAACGUUCUGCACAGUUAAACGUGAAGUGAAGCAAGAGCUAAAUUAUAAAACUAAUUUGCACAAUCAGAGUGAUUUUUCCGAAAGCGUAAUGUUAGAAAAUAACUCAAACCUCGAAUUUGAAGAAGCAACAUGUGUAGCGCUUCAAACUGUGAAACGUGCAUCGUUGAAAGCGAUUGCAGAAGGCGUAUCUUUAAUCCAGAACGAACAUUCUCACGAACCACAAGACAGAUGGCCAUCAUAUGACGAUACGUGUAUGGAUAUUCCUCACGAUGGUGUGACGUGUUCUCUAGACAUUAUAGGCCAUGCAAAGCCAACAGAAAGCACUUCACGAACCAAAGAGGACGAAGAUCAGUCCCGGGUUGACAAUGGAACUUCCUCUGUGGACAUGGAGUCGAAUGACUCUGAUAGCGUUGAAUCCUGGGACUCGCAGAUUUACGUUUUAGACCAAAGCCGACUCGAUGAUGCAUCUCCCGUGACAAACGUAGCGCCGUGCGUGCACCUAUCAUCUCUGCAAUCCCAGGCCACUACGGGGCACUGCUUGAGGUCACCUCUCAAUGCAGAGAUCACGACGGUGCAAGAUCUGCUUAACGACAGGCUUAUUAGCUUGGAAAACGCCAGAGACCUUCUAGAACGCCAGAUUCAAGCCGGAGGCAUCAUGGACAGAAGUGGCAAACAGCUUAGCCUCCAGGAGGCCGAAGGGGCGUGUAUUGUUGAACCAGCUCUUGCUACAUGUCUACAUGUAGCUUUUUUGGCAGUGCAAGGUUUUCCAGACCGAAGCAAGGGCAAAAUAUCGCUGUUUGAUGCUAUCAGGAAAGGGCUUGUGGGUGCGGCUGAAGGCACAAGGCUGCUCCGUUUGCAGGCCGAAAGUGGUGGCAUUUUGGACCCAUCGACGGGUCAACGGUACGGGCUGGGAAUGGCCGUGGACCGGGGAUUAGUGGACACAGAGGCGGUGAUGGACGUUUGGAUGUCUCAGCUGAGGGACAGAGGAGCGAUCUGCGACAGUGUGGGUGGUCCCUGGAUGACGCUCGACGAGGCGGUGGACAACGGGACCUUGCCGAUGCAGGCGGCUUUGAAGGUGUACGAAAAUCUUGGACUUUUCGGCGGGUUCGUGGAUAACCAUGCACAGGAAUUCAUGACGAUCUCGGAAGCUCUGGAAGAAGGUAUUUUUGAUGCUAAGCUGGCGCAAAGGGUGUUCAAGCCAGAAAAGAUCAUUAGCGGUGUGAUACAUCCGACGACGGGAAGGGUUCUCACUGUGAGUGAUGCUGUAAACACCGGUCUCCUUGACACGGAGACGGGCCUGAGAAUUUUGGAGACACAGGUGUGCGCCGGCGGGGUCACAGACCUCCGGCGCAAGAAGAAGCUGUCAGUCACACUCGCCGCCAAGCUGGGGCUCGUGGUCGGAGGGGCGCCUGGUGUGGAGGCCCUGAUGAAGCUGGAAAAGGCGUCCAGGGGGAAGGAUGUGGACGCAGCGACACGGCAAAAGCGAGCAUCAAUCUGCAUGGAGACCGAGGGUCUCGUCGACCCCCAAACCAAAAGUGUGGUCACCCUACCCGAGGCGGUUGACAGGGGCCUGCUGGACAAAGAGACUGCCGUGCUGCUGCUCAGAAAGCAGAUUGCGCAUGGAGGGGUCGUGCACCACCAGUCGGGAAUGAGGCUUCGACUGAGCGACGCUCUGGCACGCGGGCUCGUGGAUGAGGACACCGUGGAGGAGCUGUCCUGGGUCGAGCAGGCCUGCCGACAGGGCUUCGUGCACCCGGAGACGAUGGAGGCAGUUCCCUUAGCACAUGCCAGGGAGAUGAAGAUUUUGGACGAGAGAGCAGCAGAGGAGCUUGAGGCUCGGCUCGCGGAAUGCGGCGCCGUGUUCGACUUCAGGUCGGGCAGGACGGUCGCCCUCAAGAAGGCCGUGUCCCUGGGCAUUCUGAGCGAGUCGGCCGUGGUGAGUGCUGGCGGAUCGUGGGAUGUGACGCACGGCCUCCUGGAUCCCGACAGCUGCCAGAUCGUGUCGUACGCGUCGCUGGUGCAGAAGGGUAAGACGGACGUGCGCACGGGGCAGCGGUUCCUUACGACCGAGCUGUGGAAAGGCGUGGAGAACGAGGAGACUGGAGAUCGCAUGACGCUGCUGGAGGCGGUGAGGGCGGGGCAAGUGGAUGCCGUGCCAGCACUUCGGGCCUUGCAAGCUCAGGCCGACACCGGUGGGAUUGUGGACAUAUGUUCGGGCGAGAGAAUCUGCAUUGUCGACGCCCUCAAAAACGGCAUGCUGGACGCGGCUACGACGAAUGCAAUUUUGGAGAAUCAGCUGGCCAAUGGAGGCAUCGUGGACAUUUGGUCUGGGGAGAGGAUGACGCUGGAUGAAGCCCUCGUAAGAGGUCUAUUGACUCGCGACAUCUACCAAACACUGAAGGCCAAGAGUAGCUCCGUGUCGGAAAAAUCCGACGCGGCGAGUAAAAGCGCUCAAAUGCCAACGAAUUCAUCUGCAAACAAUAUUCAAGCUGUUUCUGAAAUAACACACAGUGAAAAUGAUCCUCGUAAACAGAACCAAUCUCUGGCAGAGAAAACACACGAGCAGCAGUGCCAGAGCCAUCCCGCAAAUGAUGCGGUUAAUCCUGAAAUAGAGUCGAUUUCCAAACAGUUUUCUCACGGCAAGGAGAACAGUGCCCUUGCUUCUGCGACAGUAAUAUCGAUUGAGGAAGCCGGAGGCAAAAGGGUGCGAGCACUGCACAAUCAUUUCACGCGCGGCUUGCAUAACGACAGGGAAGUUUUUGAAGCAACAGAAGAAAUGAUCGAUGGCAAUCUUGAUGAACGCGCCAAGAGCGGCACACACGGUGCAGGGCAAGGGAUUUGCGGGUUUGCGUCAAGUGACGCAGAAACAGAGGUGGAGGGGCAAGAAGGAAAAGUGAAAAAAGUUGACAGUGAGGAGAGCGAUGCAGAUGGUGAUGCGGAUGUUGAUUAUGGAGCACGGCAAGGAUCCGGAAGUGAUCGAGCGAACGUUGACGCAGUGAAACGUGGACGUGGGCGAUCGCCCGGGCAAAUUGCUGGCGAGGAGACGAAUGAGAUGGGCAUGUCACAGGGGAUGUUGGAGAAGGCUGGAAAUAUGAAUGUGACCGAUGGCACUGAAGUUGGGGAAAAUUUGGAGCACGGACGCAGGGAAAUUGUUGACGAGCGGAUGAAUGAGAUGCGCUCUUCAGAGGGAAUGCAGGAGAAAGCCGAAACAAUUGCGGUAAAUCUGAUACGUUCACAAAAAUCGCAACCAAAAGAAGCUUUGGACAGAUGUGACCCCGUGGCCGAUUCCUCAAAACAGCAUUCUCUGAGCAAGCGGCAGUGUCUGGAGCACUUUGAGAAUGUGAUGAGGUUGAUUUCGUUGGUUCUGGACGUGAGAGUUCGGCAGAAGAGCCUACAGCGAAGCGGCAGUGAUGUCGAUAUUGAAGAUCAGCUCGAUCGAUUGCGGCUGUUCGAGGAGGAGUUGUCCUCGCUGGAGUGCGAGGCCUCCCGGGAGCUGGAGCACGUGCGGACCGCGCUAUGCGACGCGAGCCCAGCCGUGCCCGCUGAGCUCCUCCAGGCUCUCGGCAAAGACUCGGCCAACCUGAGCAAGUGCCUGCGGUCGGCUCGGCAAGCCUCCUCCGCCCAGCGGGAGGCGCUGACGGAGGGCCUGCGUAAAGCCAAAGAGCUAAGAGAGCAGAAGGCCACUUGUCCAAUACUGACCGCAGAGGAGGUCACGGAGAGAGGUCAUGUACACGAGGAGAAGCUGAACGUGGAGAGCAAGCAGGAGGAGUUCUCCCGGCGGCUGGACGAGCUCGAGUCGUGGCUCGCGGAGGCGAAGGGCGCGCUCGCCAGCCAGCCCGUGAGCGGCGAGCUGCCCGACAUCCAGAGGCAGCAGGAGAAGCACCAGGCGCUGCAGAGGGAGCUGAUGGGGCGCGGCGCGGAGGUGACCGCCACGGUGUGCGCUGUGCGCGACUUCCUGCGCGAGAACGGCGCCCGCCUCGACCCCGAGUACGUGGCGCGCACGCACGAGCGUCUGAGCGCGCUGGGCAGCCUCCACGAGGCCGCGACGCGGCUCUCCGGAGAGGCGCAGCAGAGGCUCAACGAGGCGCUCGGAGACGUCAUCAAGCAGCAGACCGAGAAGGUGGCGACGGAGGAGCAACUUGAGGACAUCCGCGGGAAGACGGGAGCACUGCUGCAGUGGCUCACUGAGCUGGAGUCCCGGCAACAGCGGACGAAGGAGGAGGAGGGGGAGGAGAUGGACGGGACCCGGUCCCCUGAGAUGGGGAGCGUUGGGUUGUCCGAGUUGCUCCACCAAGCGAAGGCCGAACACCAGGAGGUCCUGUCUCGGCAGCAGGCCGUCAUCGUGGCCACGCAGCUCUGCCAGGCGCUGCUCGAGCGCCACGCCUCCAGGCUGGCGCCCGACGACGCGGCGCAGCUGCGGCGGGCGUGCGACGAGCUCGGGCUCCGCUAUGACGCGGCGCUCUCCCGUUGCGGGGCGCGCCUGCGGCCGCUCGAGUCCGCGAGCGACGCUCUGGCCAAGCUCGAUGGCGACUGCGCCGAGUUCGAGGCGUGGCUGACGAACGCCCGGGACGUCCUCGCGACGUCGUUCGCCGGGAGCGGCGGCGGCGGCGAGGAGGAGGUGGUGGCGGAGGACGAGGACGUUCUGGCCGCCAGGUUGCGCCGGCAGCGCGAGUUCGCGGAGGACGUGGUGUCGCGACGCGGCGACCUGCGCUACCUGGGCGUGGCGGCGCGCCGCGCCACCGAGGCCUCGGCCUCCGCGGGGCCCGAGGUGGCGGCCGUUUGCGGCGCCGUCCAGCGGCGGCUCGAGGGCAUGGAGGCGCGGUACAGCACGCUGCACGUCGAGUGCGUGCAGCUGGGCUCCCGCUUCUCGGAGGCCCUCGGCCUUCGCGCCGAGUUCCAACGCGCGUCGGCGGAGCUAAGCGAGCGGCUUCGCGCGGCGGAGGGCCGCAACGCCGGCCAGGCCGCCGAGCCUGCCGCGUCGGAGCCCGCGGGGCUGCAGAGCCAGCUGGACCAAGCGACGGCGCUUCAAGGCGACGUGUCUACCCUUCAGCCGAUGCUGGAGAAGCUCAAGCGAUCGACCUCUUCGCUGCUCGAAGUUGGGGAAGAUCUCGGCGUGAAUCGGCCGGCGAUUGAACAAGCUCUUGACGAGCUGACGGCGCGAGCGGACUGCCUGCGCGCGUCCGCGGCGGGGCGGAGCGAGCAACUGCGGCGAGCGGUCGCGCGCUCGCUGGGCGCACGUGAGGGCCUCGACGCCGCCGCCCGGUGGCUCGCGGAGGCCGAGCGCGAGGCGGCCGCGAGGACGCCCCCGGGGCCGCUGUCGUCCGCGGCGGUCCGCGACGAGGUGGCCAAGAACGAGGCCAUGCAACAGGAGCUGGCGAGCCACCAGGGCGCGCUGGCCACCAUCGCCGAGAGGCUGGGAGAUCCGGCGAGCGCUGCCGAGGAGCCACCGGGCGGUGGGGUCCUCCGUGAGGAUCUCGCCGCCGUCACCCGGCGCUUCAGCAAGCUGUCCACGCAGUGCCAGGAGCGCAAGGAGAAGUUGCUACGGCUCACGGAGAAGGUGGAGGAGUUCGAAGAGGGGGCCGUCUCAUUGCAGCGCGCCAUUACCAAGGACUCGCAAGCCUUUGAGAAGGAAGCCAAUGGGCCCAAUGCUGACCUGGAGCAGAUAGCAAAACUUCUGGAGGAGUCGGCCGGAGAGCUGGCGAAUCGGCGCAAGGCCCUGGAAGGCUUGCGCGACCUCCUCGCCGGUGACCUCGCCGACCCGAGCCCCUUCGCGGACACCGGCGGUCUGGCCCGCACGCUGUCCGUCCUCGGCGAGUCGUGCGAGGUGCUGGAGCGAGCCCUCCACGCCAGGGAGGAGAACCUGGCCUCGUGCCGCCAGCAGAUGGAGCAGUUCCAGUGCGCCAUCGCUGAGGUGCAGGCCUGGCUGGAGGAGGCGGAGUCCCGUGUUCCGUCGGAGCAGACCACGCUGAGCACCGACGCGCUCCAGGAGCAGCUGAAUUCAGUGCAGACGGUGCUGACCGAGUGGGAGGGGAAGGCGAGCGCGGUGCGUGGAGUGGUUGAGAGAGCGAGCGAGACCGCGCGGGCACGGAGCUCGGUGACGCCGCCAGCCCACGACGCCGCUCCCACACCCGACGUGGUGGAGGUACGACGGGAGGCCCUGGCCGUCGAGGCGCGCUACUCCGACCUGGGCGUGCGUCUGCGCGAGCGCUCGGGGCGCCUCUCGGGUGCCCUGGCGAGGACCUCGUGGGUGCUGGAGGAGGCUGACGCUCUGCUCGCGUGGCUGGAGGAGCGGGCGCAGCUCACGGCCGCCUGGGGCCCCGUGCCCGCCGAGCCCGACGCCGUGAGGGCGGAGGCCGACAAGCACAAGGCCUUCCAGGAGGACCUGGAGGACAAGGCCCCGCGCAUCCAGAAGGUGACGCAGCUGCUGAGCGAGCUUCUGGAGUCGUCCGCGGACGACCCUGACGCGGACGCCCUGCGCAAGCGGCUGGACACCAUCGAGCGCGGCUGGAGCGAGGUGCGGGCAGGGGCGGAGGAGCGGGCGCGCCGUCUGGAGGAGUCCUGCGGCCUUCACGAGACGUUCAGCGCCGCCCUGGCGCAGCUCUCGCCGUGGCUCGCUGAGAAGCGGCUCAUGGCGAGCGUGCUGGGGCCGCUGGCGCUCGACCCCAACAUGCUGACCAAUCAGAGGCAGCAAGUGCAGUUCAUGCUGCGCGAGUUCGAGACCCGCAAGCCGCAGCACGAGCAGCUGAACCGCGUGGCGCGAGGCAUCCUCGGCGACGACACCGAUUCCGCCAAAGACGGCGGCUCCGGAGAGGUGGAGGAGGAGGACGAGGAAAGCAAGGCCCUCCUGCGCGAGCAGCUGGCGUCGGUGAACGCCGCUUGGGACGGCCUGACCGGGGAGCUCCACGACCGAGCCCAGAGGGUGGAGGACGCCGUGCGGGAGAGCGGGCGGCUUGCCACGGCCCUGGCCCAGCUGGCGGAGGGCACGGCGGCGCUGGCGCGCGGCCUGGAGGAGGGGCAGCCCCCCGUCGCGGCGACGCCGGACGCGCUGGUGGUGCAGCUGCGGCGGGCGGAGGAGACGAUGGCGGCGGUGGCGGCGCUGGCGCCCGUGGCCGAGGAGGCCCGCGAGCGAAGCGAGAAGCUCGGGGACGUCGUUGGCGAGGCCUACCUGCAGGCCGAGCUCAGGCGGAGGCUUGACGUCGCGCUCCAGCCGUUCAAGGAGCUGGAAGAAAGAGCGAGUAAGCGCCUGGAGCUGGUGCAGGAGGCGCUGCAGUGCUCGCGGAAGUUCUCUGAGUCUCUCGAGGAGCUGGCAACGUGGGUGACGGAGAUGCGUGCCGAGCUGGCCCGGUUCCCCCCGGUGUCCAUAGAGCACGGGUCCGUGCAGGCCCAGCUGGAGCGGCAGGAGGAGUUCCUGGGUCGCGUGACGGCCCGCGAGGGCUCCUUCCAGACGAUCGUUGCGGACGGCGAGGUCGUGGCGCAGGCGCCUCCGGGCCCGUCGGGAGCGGAGGACGUGGCGUCGCUGGGUGGCCGGCUGGCCGAGCUGAAGGCGCGGUGGGAGGAACUGACGACGGAGGCGACGGCGAGGCGCAAGGCGAUCCACAGGUGCGCCAAGAAGGUGCAGCGCUUCGAGGAGUUGAGGGAGGAGAUCAUCCGGCGCUUGACGGAGAGCGAGGAGAGGCUGGGACAGGUGGGCCAGGUGACCCUGUCGCUCGAGGAACUGGAGUCGCGGCUGGCGCAGACACAGGGCCUCCGACAGGACGUCGAGAAGCUGCAGGGCCCCCUGGAGCUGCUCACGUCUGCCGGCAGGGACCUCGCCGAGAGCUGCCCGGCCGACGCCGACUUCGUCGAGGGGCAGACGGCCGACAUCGGCCGGCGCGUGGACUCCGCGAUGGGCGAGGUGCAGACUAAGCUCGAGGUGACGGAGGCCGUCACCAAGCGGCUCAAGAGGUUCACGCGCGGCAUCCGAACCGUCCAGGAGAAGCUCGCCGAGUCGCGGCGGCUGCUGGAGAUGCACCGGUCCCUGGGAGCGCAGGCCGCCUCGAACGGCGGCCACCUGGAGAAGAUGAGGGCGUGCCGCGACGGCCUGCACACCGCGUUGACGAAGGAGGCCGAGGACCUGCGGGCGGUCGCCCGCGAACUCGCCGAGCUGGCGCCGGGCGACGCGGCCGGCGCCGCAGAGCUCGCCGGGCAGGCGGAGCGCCUCACCGGCGAGCUGGCCAAGGCGGCCGCGGCCGUGGCGGAGAGCUGCGAUGCCCUGGAGGAGAGGGCGCGGGGCAUCGGGCGCCUCCGCGGCGUCGCUCGCGACCUCUUCGCGCGCCUCUCCGACCUGUCGGAGGAGCUCGACUCGCAGGGCCCGCCGGGGAGGGCCCCCGAAGCCCUCCGCUCGCAGCUCGCCGACAUCGACCGCGCGGCGGCGGCCGCUGGCCAACUUGGCCGGGACAUCGCCGACGCCGGGCUCGAGUGCCGGCGGCUGCUCGAGCAGGAGGAGGCAGAGGGGAAGGCCGGGAAGGCCGGGGAGCAGCCGGGCGCCGGCGAGGUGGAGCAGAGCGUCGAGCUGCAGGGCAUGCGCCGCGAGACGGAGGCGCUGCAGAGGCAGUGCGCCCGCCUCGGCGAGAGGGCGGCGGCGCGCAAGGAGGAGGCGCGGACGGCGCUGGAGCGCGUGGAGGAGUUCUACCGGAGCCUGCGGCAGGUCACGGGCCUCCUGGAGCGCGCCGAGGAGAAGGAGGCCGCGCAGGGGCCCGUCGGGACGGAAAUCGACCUCAUCAAUCAGCAGAUGGCCGACUUCCAGGCGUUCCAGAAGAGCGACGUGGACUCGCUGCAGGUGGAGAUGCAGGCCCUCAACCGCCAGGCCCAGGCGCUCAUCCAGAGCGCGGCCAAGUCUGCCGACACGGGCGCUCUGGAGAGCGACGCCGACGAGACCAACAGCCGCUGGAACACGCUCAACACCAAGGUGGCCGAGCGGGCUGCCAAGCUGCAAGAGGCGCUGCUCCACUGCGGAAAAUUCCAGGAGGCCCUCGAGUCCCUGCUGGGCUGGCUCGCCGACACGGAGGAGCUCAUCGCCGGGCAGAAACCCCCCGCGGCCGAGUACAAGGUGGUACGGGCCCAGCUGCAGGAGCAGAAGCUUCUGCAGCACCUCCUGGACGACCACCGGCCGAGGGUGGAGGUGCUACGGCGGGAGGGCGAGCAGAUCGCCGAGCUGGCGGAGCCCGCCGAGCGGGAGCGGAUCCUCGGGGAGCUCGCCUCCCUCUCGCACCGCUGGGAGGCCUUGCUCGCCGCGGCCCAGGAGAGGCAGCGGCAGCUGGAAGCGAUCCUGUCGGUGGCGCGGCGAUUCCACGACACGCUCGAGCCGCUGCUCGACUGGCUCACGGCCGUUGAGAGGCGGCUGUCCAAUGCCGAGCCCAUCGGCACGCAGACCGUGGCCAUCCAGGAGCAGAUAGACCAGCACAAGUGUGUGGCAGAAGACAUUGCCUCGAGGGCCAAACCUCUGGAAGAAGCCCAGGAACUAUCCUCAGCACUUAUGGGACUGAGCUGCAGUGAGGAUGGGCAGCGGCUCCAGGCGAAGCUGGGGGUGGCCCAGGCCAGGCAUGCAGAGGCCCAACUCAGGAGCGAGCGACGCGCCGCUUUGCUCAACGAGGCGCUGGAGAAUGCUCGCAUCUUCGGGGAGAACGAAGUGGCCCUGCUCACUUGGCUGGCACAAACCCAGGACCGGCUGGCAGCUCUACGGAACAUCCUGGAUUACAGGCCUGAGCCUCUGCAGGCCCAAUACGAUGAACAUCUGAUUCUACACGAGGAGAUUGUGUCACGGAAGCAGGAUGUGGAUCAGGCCAUCAAAAACGGCCACGCUCUGCUAAAGCAGACAACAGGCGACGACGUCCUGCUGAUCCAGGAGAAGCUGGACGGACUCCGCGGCCGCUACGGCGAGGUGUCUGCCUCCGGCGCUCGGGCCCAGCGCGCCCUCGAGAAGGCCCUCGGCCUGGCCGUGCGCUUCCACGCGGCGCGCGACGAGCUGGGCCAGUGGCUCGACGCCACGGAGGAGGCGAUCGCGGCCUACGACCGCGACGAGGAGGCCGGCGGGGAGCAGCUCACCACGCUGCAGGGCAGGCAGCAGGACCUGCGCAAGCAGGUGAUGGAGCGGCGCGUGCUGCUGGACACGGUGAACGAGGUGGGCACGGCGCUGCUGGCGCUGGUGCCGUGGCGGGCGCGCGACGGCCUGGACACCGCGGUGGCGCAGGACAACGAGCGCUACGCGGCCGUGAGCGACGCCGUGGCCACGCGCACGAGGCGCGUCGACGCCGCCAUCCAGCGGUCGCAGCAGUUUGAGCAGGCUCUGGACGCUGAGAGGGCCUGGGCAGCCGAGACGCUGCGGAAGCUGGAGGCCCUGGGAGACAUCCGCUUGGAGCCUGAGCAGACCAUGUCACAGCUGCAGGUGCAGAAGGCAUUCACCAUCGACAUCCUGCGACACAAGGACUCGCUGGAGAUGCUGGAGCAGACGAUGGUGGAGGUGGGAGCGUCGUGCAGCGAGGAGGAGAACGGCGCCCUGCAGGCCAAGCUGGCGCUCCUGCGAGGCGAAUUCGAGGCGACGAGCGGCGCCAACGCGGAGCGGCUGGAGCGGCUGGAGCGCGCCCACACGCUGGCGUCGCAGUUCUGGGAGACGUUGGAGGAGCUGGAGCCCUGGCUGGGCGAGACGCGAGCCGUCCUGGCCGCGCUGGGGCCACCUGCCGUCGACCCGGACUCCCUGCGGCAGCAGCAGGACGAGCUGCGGCACCUGCGCGAGACGAUCGCGGAGCACAAGCCCCACGUGGAGCGACUGCGCAAGACUGGGCCCCGGCUGGCGGAGCUGAGCGCCGGCGAGGGCGGCGCGGUCCGGGACAAGCAGGCGUCGUGCGAGCAGCUCUACUCCGCCAUCCGCGACGAUGUGCUCCAGCGGGCGCGAGCCCUCGACGAGGCCGUCGAGCUCUCCUCGCAGUUCCACGAGAAGAUCGAGCCGAUGCUGGAGGCGCUCGAGCGGAUCUCGGAGCGGCUGCGCUCGCCGCCGCCCGUGCCCGCCGAGACGGAGAAGCUGCGCGACCACCUGUCGGACAACCGCGCCGUCGCCACCGAGCUUGACAAGCUGGAGCCGUCGUUCAAGGCGCUGCGGGCGCGCGGCGAGGAGCUCAUCGCCCGCUCGCUCGCCCUCGACGCGCCGCCGCCGGAUGGCGCGCGGCAGAGGACGGCGUCGGUGUCGUCCGAGGAGGGAUUCGCCGCGAGAGGCGUACAGGAGCGCAUGGACCGCUUGGUGUUCCUGUGGGGCGACAUCGCGGUGCGCGCGGAGGAGCGUGAGGGACACCUGCUCGACGUGCUGGAGCUGUCGGAGCGCUUCUGGUACGACCACGCGGCGCUGGCGGCCACGCUGCGCGACGCCCACGACGCGCUGCGCGACCUCGACGACCCCGCCCUCGACCCCUCGCUCAUCAAACUCCAGCAGGAGGCGAUGCAGGCCCUGAAGGAGGACUCGGACGGGCUGCAGGCCGAGCUGGACACCCUGGGCGGAGUGGGCUGCGAGCUCAUGGCGGCCUGCGGCGACCCCGACAAGCCAGAGGUGAAGAAGAGCAUCGACGAGCUGAACAGCCUGUGGGAGACCGUCAACCGCACGUGGAGGGAACGAAUGGAGCGGCUGGAUGACGCCAUGCAGGCCACCAUCCAAUUUCAGGAUGCACUGCAGGGCAUGUUCGACUGGCUGGACAUGGCGGAGGCAAAGCUGGCAGCCAUGCCCCCAGUGGGCACCGAUCUCGAGAGCGUCAAGCGGCAGAUGGAGGAGCUCAAGGCGUUCAAGGCGGAGGCGUACGGCCAGCAGAUGGAGAUGGAGCGGCUGACGCACCAGGGCGAGCUGCUGCUGCGGCGCUGCGAGGACCCCCCGCAGCAGGAAGUGCUGAGGUCUCCCCUGGUCGAGCUGCGACGUCGGUGGGACUCGCUCGACGGCAAGAUCGUCACGCGACAGCACAAGCUGGAGGCGUCGCUGCUGGCGCUGGGCCAGUUCCAGCACGCGCUGUCCGAGGUGCUUACCUGGCUGGGCCACACGGAGCAGCUCCUGGCCGAGCAACGUACGGCGAGCGGAGACCCCCGGCACAUCGAGAUCGAGCUGGCGAAGCACCACGUCCUGCGGAAUGACGUGCUUGCGCACAAGUCCACGGUGGAGAGCGUCAGCGAGGCCGGCGGCCGGCUGGUGCGGCAGGCGGACGGCGAGGAGGCGAGCGCCUUGCGGGGCCGGCUCGGCAACCUGGGCCGCCGCUGGGAGGCCGUGCUGAAGCACACGGACGAGAGGCAGCGUCAGCUGGAGGCCGCUCUCAAGCAGGCCCAAGGCUUUCAGGGAGAGGUGCAAGGCCUCAUGUCGUGGCUGGCACGCCUGGAUGGUCAGAUGGCGAUGGCGCGCCCCCCGGGGGGCCUGCCGGAGACAGCGCGCGAGCAGCUCAACGCCCACCUGGAGCUGUGCCGGGAGAUGGAGGCGCGCGAGGCUCCAUACUACGACCUGCUGGAGCGCGGGCGGCAGCUGCAGGACACCGGCGAGGAGGGGGCCGCGCCGCCGCCGCCGUCGUCGUGCAACGGCGCCCAGCAGGGGCUGCGCGCCUUGCAGCAGCGCUGGGACUGCGUGCGCGCCAAGCUCAACGAUAGGAAGGCAAAGCUGGAGGAGGCGGUCUCGUCGGCGACGGAGUUCCACAACUCUCUGCAGGAGUUCAUCGUGUGGCUCACGGCGGCCGAGCGAGCCAUCGGCACGGCCACCGCCCCGAGCCUCGUGCUCGACACGGCGCUCUUCCAGGUCGACGAGCACAAGAUUUUCGUGACGGAGCUGAACGGGCGGCGCGAGGCGCUGGUGGAGCUGGAGCGAGCCGGCGCGCAGCUCAAGCUCGCCGCGCCCAAGCAGGACGGCGCCCUCAUCCGCAACCUCCUGCUCAGCGUGUCGGCGCGCUGGGACAAGGUCGCGCAGCGCUCCCUCGAGCGCAGCCGCGCGCUCGAGGACGCGCGCAAGCGCGCCAAGCAGUUUCACGAGUCGUGGAGUGGGCUGAUGGGCUGGCUGGAAGAGGCGGAGCGGAACCUGGACACGGAGCUGGACAUCGCCAACGACCCCGGCAAAAUCAAGUGCCAACUCUCCAAGCACAAGGAGUUCCAGAGGGCGCUGGGCGGGAAGCAGCCGUCGUACGACGGGACGGCGCGCGGCGGCAGGCUGAUGCGCGAGCGCGCCACCCAGGAGGACGACAAGCAGCGGCUGGACGACAUGCUGAGCGAGCUGCGCGACCGCUGGGACACCGUGUGCGGCAAGUCCGUGGAGAGGCAAAACAAGCUGGAGGAGGCUCUGCUUUUCUCGGGGCAGUUUGCCGACGCCCUGCAGGCGCUUGUCGACUGGCUGUACCGCGUGGAGCCGCAGCUCGCGGAGGACCAGCCCGUUCACGGGGACCUGGACCUCGUGCUCAACCUCAUCGACUCGCACAAGGUGUUCCAGAAAGAGCUGGGCAAGCGGAGCGGUGGCGUGGCCGCCCUGCGCCGCUCGGCACGCGACCUGGCCGAGUCGUCGCGGGACGACGCCACCUGGGUCAAGGUGCAGAUGGCGGAGCUGGGCGCCCGCUGGGACAGCGUGUGCCGCCUGUCCGUCACGAAGCAGGCGCGCCUCGAGGUGGCGCUCAAGCAGGCGGAGGAGUUCCACGCGGCCGUCCACUCGCUGCUCGAGUGGCUGGCGGAGGCCGAGCAGACGCUGCGCUUCCACGGGACGCUGCCGGACGACGAGGAGGCCCUCUGCACCCUCAUCGAGACGCACAAGGAGUUCAUGAAGAAGCUGGAGGAGCGACUGGCGGAGCUGAACCGGGCCACGGCGAUGGGGGAGGCCAUCCUGGGGCUCAGCCACCCGGACGCCGUCACCACAAUCAAGCACUGGCUCACCAUCAUCCGCGCCCGCUUCGAGGAGGUGAUGGCCUGGGCCAAGCAGCACCAGCAGCGGCUGGAGACGUUCCUGGAGGAGCUGCUGCAGAACGCACAGCUGAUGGACGGCCUGCUGUCGUGGCUGCAGCGCGCCGAGGAGACGCUCGCGGGCCGCGAGGCACAGCCCGUGCCCCAAGACCUCGACCAGGUCAAGACGCUCAUCGCUGAGCACCAGGCGUUCAUGGAGGAGAUGACGCAGAAGCAGCCGGACGUGGACAAGCUGACCAAGACGUUCAAGAGGAAGCAGCCAACCGAGGCGCACUCGCACAUCCCCACGCUCGACCGGACGCGCGGCAAGAAAAGAGUUGGCAUGGCCGGACCGUCUCCGGGUCCCACCCUGGGGCCCUCUCCCCUGGACGCUCAGAACCCCCGCGUCAACCUGUUGUUCAACAAGUGGCGCCAGGUGUGGCUCAUGGCCUGGGACCGGCAGAGGAAGCUUCAGGACGAGCUGGACCGGCUCACCGAGCUGAAGGAAUUUGCCAGCUUUGACUUUGACGUGUGGCGAAAGCGCUACAUGCGCUGGAUGAACCACAAGAAGUCGCGCGUCAUGGACUUCUUCCGCCGCAUCGACAAGGACCAGGACGGGCGAAUCACGCGGCAGGAGUUCAUGGAGGGCAUCCUGUCUUCCAAAUUUCCGACGAACCGCCUGGAGAUGAGCGCGGUGGCCGACGUCUUCGACCAGGACGGCGACGGCUGCAUGGAUUACUACGAGUUCGUCGCCGCUCUGCACCCCAACAAGGACGCCUACCGCCCGCUCACCGACGCCGACAAGAUUGAGGAUGAGGUGACGAGGCAGGUGUCCAAGUGCCGGUGUCCCAAGCGCUUCCAAGUGGAGCAGAUCGGAGACAACAAGUACCGGUUUUUCCUGGGGAAUCAGUUCGGCGACUCGCAGCAGCUGCGUCUCGUGCGCAUCCUGCGAAGCACCGUCAUGGUUCGAGUGGGGGGCGGCUGGAUGGCGCUGGACGAGUUCCUGGUCAAGAACGACCCCUGCAGAGUCCACCACUACGGGAGUAGGAUGAUUCGCUCGGACAUAGUCGGCCCAGUAAGCAGCCCCGCUGCGAUAGCUAAAGGGCGCACGAACCUGGAGCUGCGCGAGCGCUUCAUCUUGGCGGAGGGCGUCAGCCAGGCGCUGGCCCCUUUCAGGCCCAAGGGCCGACGGUCGAGGCCCGACUCGCGCGGCGCGUCGCCCACGCGCUCCAACUCCAGUCCCAGCAACCACAGCACAUCGCCUGCCAACCACCAGCAGCAGGCCGGCAGCGCCGGCGGUCCGGGCGGCUCGGCACCCACGAGCCCGCCGCCGCACACGGCGUCAACCACGACGCGCAAGUCCGGCGCGACCACCACCACCAGCAGCAACAACAACAACCACGGGGAGACGGGUUCCAACACGGGCAGAUCGACCAAUGGAAACAAGAACACACCGGUCCACAGCAGCCGACUGAAGCAGCCAGGAUUUCUCACAGACUCGCGCAAGCUGCAGUCGAGCCGCCCCAGCAGCCGAACAGGCAGCCAGGCAGGCAGCCGACCGGGCAGCAGGCAGGGCAGCCGCGCCGGCAGCUGCACGAGCAGCCGGCGCGGCUCCGACGCCUCGGACCUCGACGUGUCCGACCUCACGUCGCUCUGCUCCGACGCGAGCGAGCUCCAGCCGCAGCUCCGCCCGCAGCAGCAGCAGCAGCCGCACGCCGGCGCGACGGCCGCGGGGCCGGGAGGCCUCCUGCGUUCGUCCGGUAGCGGCAGCCCCGUCAGGCCGCUCCGCACGGGAGGCCGAUCCUCUUCCGCCGCGGCACUCAAGCCGUCCAAGAUCCCGACGCCGUCCAAGAUGAAACAGCCCACGCCCGUGCGCGGUGGCACGGCUAAGAGAUAGCCGGCUGCUGCCGCGCUUCGUCGGCCGCGGUCUACUUGCCGUGCUUUUGCCCAGGCUGUGAGCGCUGUGCGCCCGGGAUCAGCUAUUCACACGCUAACGCUGCAUGUCCCAUUUGUUGGUAAUUGGCGAGACGCUGCUUUAAUAUUGAAGUAACAUUUAAAGAAAGAGUGCACAGGCGUGUGGCACAAAAAUAGAACGGGAAGAAAGCUCCGAUUAGAAUGGCGGAUACGUUUAAACGGAAGCUGCAGUGCUAUUCAUACUCUCGAUGCAUAUUCAAUGGGGUUGAUCGCAUUGGUAAAUUUUGUUUACGUCUGAUAAAAGUCGAAUGUUUUUUUUUAAUGGUUAUGUGUAAUUAUGAUUCGUGAUUAUGGGGCGACGCACUGAAGGCAAACAACAUAGCUGUGGGCUUGUGAAAUCGUGUAACACACUGGGUUGCAGGCUGUACUACAAUAUUGGUAUAUCUAUUGCUUGGGAACACAACUUCGAACCAUUGUUGUCCAGUAUUUGUGUUCGUAGGUGACCUGCAUGUUGGCGUCUCUAUAGAAGAAGGACAUUGCAUCAAUGAAGAUGCUGUUGUUUUUGCCGAACCCAACCUAUCCUAAAUGUAUAAGUCAAUUUACAGUGGCGUCUGAGCCAUGCAUAACGUACACGCGAGACGCACAGGCAAUUCGUAAUGCGACAGCGAAGGAUAAAACGUAAUGUGAGAGCAAAACUUAACACGGCACGCCUGCGAGCGUGGGAGUGCGAUCGCGCGUAUUGACGUAUUGGGGUCCGUUUGUGAAGUGUCGCGCGACGAAUGUGCGUUCGCAGUUGAUUAAAAAAUGUAACGCAAAAAAAACUGACUUAAAAAGCAUAUUUUGCAUGGCACAAACCGGUUGUGGAAGGUAAUUGUACAGAGCCAUCCGGCUGAAGUGACGGUUUGAAUGGAGACGUUGAGCAUCGUACGCUAUCCUUCCACGGCCCAACGGAACGCUCGGGAUGGAUGGAGAUGCUUAAGGGUGCAUUAAAGGCAGGCCCGUCUCCUGCUCCUCUCGGAUGGGGGGCAGGCGGGGGGGGAGAAGCAGUGCGGCCGUUGUAUUUGGGAGGCCACCGUAACAGUGAUACACACCGCUCAGGAGAGAGUGGACUUGGGUUUGCCCAAAGGGACAUUUGGUCACGCAGGGCCCAUUCCAGCGCUCGCCGGCCCUGGCCCUGACUCGUGUUCUUCGUACGCGCUGCAUUGUGGACUAAAAUAGUGUUAAGCUGCCCUCGUGCGGGCUAUCCGCUUCGACUGAAUGCCCUUUUACGCAAGGGCCUGCCAUGCGGAGAAUAGUUUAGGGGAGCGUAUUUAAAAUAUAAGGGGGUAAGACUGCCUGGGCAGAGGACGAGGAUAGUCUUUUUUUUCAUAGAGGGCAGCUGCCCUUCCUUAUGCCCCCCUCCCACCCCGUAGGCUCCAGCCUAGAGGCGCACCUUUGCUAUUUAUCGACUCGUGAACAGAACUGUCAAUCGGCGUGAUCAAAGUGAUCACGUUGACGCGUAACUUAUUUUGAUGUCACUGCGAAACGCACGCCGAUGCGUUGGCGCAUAAGCUGAAUAUUGACGAUGAUGAUGAUGCAGAUGUUGUUGUUGCUGUUGUUGUUGUGUGUGUGUGUAUGAUGAGGCGCUUGUGAAGUCCCCCGUGCAGCAAAAAAAUAGGAAAUAUCCCUUGAGUAGGAUAUAGGCUGCAAGUCAGGCGUUUCCAUGGCGACGAUGCCGUGAAGACACAAACUGAAAAGCAAAACAAAAGAGUGAAGAGGGGAUCCUGGUUUAGUGACAGAGGUGGUAUGCGGGGGGCGAGGGUUAGGGCUUUGUGGCAGGGCUUAGUAUGUGUGCCUGGCUAGUGAGGGCUACGGAUUAUAAAUAGUUGACAACUCAUGAGAGGUGGGGUGAGUACUCGUGGUUGGUUCGCUAGGCUUGCUUUAAGGAUAGUUGGUUAACGGUAGGGAUAACAUUCGUGACGAGUUAGGGGGGGGGGGUAGUGGAAGGGCUAGUAGUCAUGGCUAGCUGCCUAGUUAAAUGUGGGGGAUAUCAAUUAUAGAUCACGGUUAGUUAAUUAGGGGUAGUGCUAAGUGUCUGGUUGGGUUAGUAGGCUAUGGAGAGAGGUCGUCUUGGAGUAACAUUUGAUGGGCACGUGUACUCUGGCCACGAUCUGCGUGGGCCUCGUCCUUGCAAGUUGUCAAACCUCUUCAGUUGUUUUGGGUUGCCUUUCACGUCCGACGCUCACGGCGCAUCCCUCGAAUCGCAGUCGGAGCUUGUGUCUGGGUUUCUCGACGGCGAUUGUAAAAAUGCGUAAGAAUUAACUCAAAAUUUACCGUGGCCGCGCUCCCGCAAAAAGCGUGAACGCGCACGUUCGAACAUUAACGGCAAAAUAAAAAUAAAUGCGUCAAAAUACAGAGAAGGGGUGUGCUUUCGUCCGUGUGUAAGUGGUGCGUGGGGGAAAAAUAGCGGUCGCUUUGAAGACACCGGACAUCCACUGGCAGCGCACAUUUAAUUUUCAUCAUAAAUUAUUAUAAUUAUUAUUUCCAACAGGCGAUGGGCACCUUGUCAGGCAGGAUAAAUAACGAUAGAGCAGCAACCAUAGAGCACAGCAGAUUGGAUUCGAGGAGAGCAUAUUUAUUGUAACGUGCACUGAACACGCACAUUUCUAUAAACAACAGCGUACAGGGCAACAUGAAUUGCCCUCUCUUGUUGGCGGGGUCAGGAACAAUGCAGAGAGAGAGAGAGAGGCACGGCUUAUAUGCAGCAAGGUCUGGCUAGAGCGCAUACCGUUGAGAAGGUUGCUGGAAGGAAUUGGCCUCAAAAAGAUCUAGACCGGAUCAUUUCUCAGUGGCACUCACACCAAGGACUUGCCAGCACUGUGAUAAAAAAAAACCCACCGUGAUACAACGGUAAAUAAUGAUGGCAUUUUGCAGCAAGUAUAUAAUCGCUGGGAGCAGUUUUUGCAUGCUGACAAGCCCGUAUCGGCCACGUUAAAUGCAAGUGCUUGUUAAUAUCGCUCAUAACGCCCGAUACAUUUUCCAUAAUAUGAAUUCCGGGGAGGGGAGGGUGGAGGUUGGAGUAAUGGCUGGGCUGAUUGUCAAGUAAUUGGUUAACACAGAUAACCACACGGGCUCGUUACCAUGCCGUUGCCCGUUUCACCUCUUCGCAUCGGCGGCUGCGGGGUUUUGGUGUUAAAGGUCACUGUUAAAGGUCACUGCCGAGCCGAGGAAUCAACGCGCAGCGCAUCAGCAGCCAGCAUGGUGGUGAACGAACGUGGAGACGUACCGAUGAUGUCCGGGCGCUCUUAUAAACCCACGUGGGUGGCGUGUAGAGCGGUGGUUCCAGUGGUAAUUGUUGUAUGAAGGUCUCUUAAAGGUCGUCCCCCCUGUCUGUUCCCGUAGCCUACUGUAGGUAUAGGAAAAGCGUGCGUGAGCCCGGCUUAUUUAAUUUCUCGCCUUGCCCGUUGUUGUGCUCGUUUCAAAUGGCUUCGUUUUGAUUUGACAGUAUUUCGUUUGUUUAAUUUUUCAUAAUUGCUAUUAUUUAUGGCCAGACUACUACUGUUCCAUGGCUUUGUUGUCUGUACGCGGAUGACCUCUGUGUGUGCGUGCGUGAGAGAGAAAGAGAGUGUGUCAGAGAUGGAAAGCUUGCGAAAUGUCCCACUCGUCUGCUGCUGCAGCCACACACAUUUUUUUUAUUUUUUUCCCCCGUUUAUGCUUUUCUUGAGUUGUCAUGCUCCCGAUUGUCUCGGCAAUUUUACUGUAAUCCAUUACGACAUACUGUGUAACCCAUUACAUGCACACAUUUCCUUUUUGUAUCGAAGGCAACCCUGCUUGCAGUAAAACAAAAAAAUACAAAAAAGUGGUU